AUGGCAUCUGGAAUAGAUAAGUACUUCCAGAUAGCCAAGUGUUUCCGAGAUGAAGGUUUACUUGCUGACAGACAGCCCGAAUUUACCCAAAUAGAUCUAGAACUCUCAUUUGCCUCGGCGAACGAUAUCAGAAAACUGGUCGAAGAAUUGAUUGCCAGAAUUUGGAAACAACUUCUUCAUGUUGAUAUGGAUAUAUCAAGGAUUCAAGGCAAUUUCAUACAAAGAUUCCAUGACACGGUAGUACUUGGAUUCAUCAAGGUUAAUCCAUAUAUCUUCGAGUCAUGGAUGGCGAAAACAUACGUUGGCAAGAAAAUAUCAAACGCCGAAGAGAUCGCGGGAAGAAUGUUAUGCGAUGAGGAUAUUGAAGGAGAAUGGGCGUGUACGUUCACACGCAAGCUCUCUUGCAAAAGAAAGGUCUCUUGUCGAUACCUCAAUCUCAAUCUCAAUAUGACUUCCUCUGGGGUUGACUCGUUCCCCCUCUUUACCCGCGAGAAAGAGUCCAACACUCUCA